GAGCGCGCGCGCGAGCACAAGCCCCAGCGGAGGAAGGCCCUGUCCGGGGCCAACGCGGGGGAGGUCCCGCCCGCAGACGGCGGGGGCGGCGGCAAGAAGCCCAAGUUUCAUUUGCACAUCAAGACGCUGACAGAUGAUGUGAUGGAUCGAUUUGCCAGCAUACGUAUCCCAGGCAGCAAAAAAGAAAGGCCGCCUCUGCCGCAUAUGAAGCAGUCCCAUUCCUCAAGUAGUGAUUGGUCCCUACCUGCAGAUGGAGAUGACUUUAUCCCUGCACCACUGUCUGAUAGAGAGAUCUUAGCCCUUUUUGAAAAAAUGAUGGAAGACAUGAAUUUAAAUGAAGAUCGAAAGACUCCACUGCGAGAGAAGGACUUCAGUACCAAAAAAGAGAUGGUGAAGCAAUAUAUCAGUACCGCUGCUAAAGCCGGAAGUCUCAAGAGUAGUAAACAGAUUAGCCCGCAGGAUUUCAUCUGUGAACUAAAAUCCGGAGCAGCCGAUGAAAGGCUUGUUGGUCUUUUAGAAUCACUUCGUGUCUCGUUGACCAGUAAUCCUGUCAGUUGGGUUGAGAACUUUGGUGAUGAAGGACUUGGAUUAUUAUUGGACAUCUUGGAAAGGCUAGUUGAGGCCAAACAACAGGAUAAAAUUUUGAAAAAAGUCCAGCAUAAGAUCGUACAGUGCAUGAAAGCUUUCAUGAAUAACAAGUAUGGGUUGGAAAGAAUAAUGGGCGAGCAGAGAAGCCUUUUGCUGCUGGCUAAGGCUAUUGAUCCCAAGCAAACUAAUAUGAUGACCGAUGUGGUUAAACUUCUUUCUGCGAUAUGUAUCGUUGGCGAGGAAAACAUCCUCGAAAAAAUUUUGGAAGCCCUGACGGCGGCAGCAGAAGAAAGGCGCUUUGACAGAUUCUUCCCCAUUGUGGAGGGCCUUCGAGGGAAUUCAGCCCAUUUGCAGGUGGCUUGCAUGCAGCUCAUUAAUGCCCUUGUUACGUCACCUGAGGAUUUGGACUUCAGGCUCCACAUUAGAAAUGAAUUUAUGCGCUGUGGAUUGAGAGAAAGAUUGCCACAAUUGCGAUGCAUAAAGAACGAUGCUUUGGACAUCCAGCUCAGAGUGUUUGUCGAACACAAAGAGGAGGACAUGAUUGAAUUCUCACAUCGUUUAGACGAUAUCCGAGCAGAGCUAGAUGAACCGAGUGAUGUUUACAACAUGGUGUGGGACACAGUUAAAAAUACGCGUGCGGAAGGCUACUUCCUGUCUAUACUCCAGCAUCUUUUGCUGAUUCGAAACGACUGCUGCAUACGGCCCCUAUAUUUCAAAAUAAUCGAAGAGUGCAUUUCGCAGAUAGUUCUGCACCGAAGUGGAGUCGAUCCAGAUUUUAGUUACCGUAAAAGAUUGGAUGUAGACUUCAGUCAUUUGAUGGAUGUUUGUGUUGAUCGACAGAGAACUGAGGAACUUGAAGAAAGGGCUUUCAACUUCUCAAAAAAGUUUGACAAUGAAUUUGUAGCUCAUCAAGAGACGAAGGCACAGCUUCAGAAAGCUGAAGAGAAGAUGGGUCGGUUUGAGGCUGAGCUACGAGCUUAUAAAUGCCAGAAUGGGUCUACAACCGGAGAUUUAGCUGGCAGCCCCCUGCCAACCCGAGAAGGACCAGGAGGUUCUACUGACGCGACGGGUCACUUGGUGCAGUCUUCACCGCCUCUUCCUGGAGCUGUGCCGCCCCCGCCCCCUCCCCCGUUGCCCCCCUCAUUCACUCCGGGUGCAGGAAAGCCACCUCUUUUGGGUGGCGCCGUUCCUCCUCCUCCUCCCCCACUGCCCGGGGGCCAGCGUUCUCCUCCUCAAGCGCUGCCGUUUGGCCUGAAGCCCAAGAAACUGUUCAAGCCGGAGAUCACGAUGAAAAGACUCAACUGGGCGAAGAUCAGACCACACGACAUGAGUGAGAACUGUUUCUGGUUAACAGCAAACGAUUGCAAAUAUGAAUCUGCUGACCUGCUGGGCAAACUGGAGCUCACAUUUUGUUGCCAAAGGAGAGAAAAGAAAGGUGAUGAUCUCGAAGAGAAGAAAUGUAUUAAAAAGCAAAUCAAGGAACUCAAAAUUCUGGAUCCAAAAACUGCCCAAAACCUUUCUAUUUUUCUAGGUUCUUUCCGGGUCCCUUACGAAGACAUCAAAACGAUGAUACUGGAAAUAGAUGAAGCCAACCUCUCUGAGUCCAUGCUUCAGAAUUUAAUUAAGUAUCUCCCUGAACAAAAACAACUCGGAGAAUUGCCCAAGUGGAAGAGCGAAUAUAAUAACUUGUCGGAGCCAGAGCAGUUUGCAGUUGUGAUGAGUGGUGUGAAGAGGCUGCAGCCGCGGCUGAGCGCUCUUCUUUUUAAGCUUCAGUUUGAGGAGCAGGUGAGCAACCUCAAGCCCGAUAUCCUGGCUGUCAGCGCCGCCUGCGAAGAGCUAAAGAAGAGCCAAAGCUUCUGCAGGCUGCUGGAACUGGUGCUGCUGAUGGGGAAUUACAUGAAUGCAGGAUCGCGGAAUGCACAGACCUUUGGCUUUAACCUCAGCUCCUUAUGCAAACUAAAGGACACUAAAUCCGUUGAUCAGAAAACUACACUGCUUCAUUUUCUGGUUGAAAUAUGUGAGGAGAAAUACCCUGACGUCUUGAGGUUUGUUGAAGAUUUGCAACACAUAGAUAAAGCAAGCAGAGUUUCAGCAGAAAGCUUGGAGAAGAGCUUAAAGCAGAUGGAAAGGCAGCUUAAACAACUUGAGAAGGAUUUGGAGACCUUUCUGCCUCCCGAGGAUAUCCAUGACAAAUUUGUGACAAAGAUGUCCGUCUUUGCAAUUCAAGCAAAGGAACAGUUUCAGAAGCUUUCUGGGAUGCAUGACAACAUGGAAAAACUAUAUCAGAAUGUCAUGAGAUAUUAUGCCGUUGAUCUGAAGAAGGUUUCGGUGGAAGAAUUUCUGAGUGACUUGAACAAUUUCAGGACAGCAUUCAUGCAAGCCACGAAGGAGAACAUGAGGAGGAGAGAAGCAGAAGAAAAGCUGAGGCGCGCUAAAAUUGCUCAGGAAAAAGCGGAAAAAGAGAAGCUCGAAAGACAACAGAAGAAAAAACACCUGCUAGAAAUGAAUACAGAGGGCGACGAGACGGGAGUGAUGGAUAGCUUAUUGGAGGCCUUGCAGUCAGGCGCUGCAUUCCGAGACAGGAGAAAGCGGACGGCACGGUCUAAAGAUAUGAUACAGAAUCUCAGCCCGCCCUCUCAGAGGCCUGUUCUGAAAGCCUGUAACCAUGAAAAUCAGGUGGCGACGACAGAGAAGUUCCAUGUGCACCACAGUACGAACGCCCUGUCAGCAAGGAAUCAACUAAGCAAGGAGCGGAACCAUGAGAUGGAAAAGAGACGAGCCGUCGGGAAUAAGGAAAGCGGUCGGGGUGGAAGCGGCAGAGAGAAGGAAGCGGAGCUUUCCAGCCGCUCUUCCAAACGAGAAGCAAUUCCUGAAGUGGAAGCUCUGCUGGCACGAUUGCGAGCGCUGUAGAUUCCGUCAACAGUAAAAUGCUAACAGCCCUUUCACACGCA